AUGGUGAAAGACAACGAUACUCAAUCCUCCAGAAAUGGCAAGGAUCAAGCUACAGAGCGACUGAACCAAGUCUCCUCACACAUCUCCGCACCAAAGACUGAUAAGCCAGCCACCACCAAAUCAAAGUCCAACAACACAGCAUCCCGUCUCCCAGCAGAUCAUUCCGAUGUUCUUAGCCAAAUAUCGGAACUGCGCAAAAUAGCUGCGACACCAGACCCGAAUUCUCGGGGUUAUAUCCGGCAAAAACAAGCUGGUAAGCUAUGGGUCCGCGAGCGCAUCGACCAGCUCCUUGACCCAGGCUCGUUUCAAGAAAUCGGCUCUGUAUCUGGGACAGUAACAUGGAAGAAAACUGCACCAAUGCGUGAGACGCCCGUGGCAUUCGUUCCUAGCAAUAAUAUCCAAGGCGCGGGGACGCUCCGGGGCAGAAAGGUACUGCUUACAGCAGACGACUUUAGUAUUCGAUCCGGACAUGCAGAUGGAGCAAGCGCGGAGAAGACGGUUUAUGUUGAGAAGCUGGCUCUCGCUUUGAGGCUGCCUGUGGUGAAGUUGGUAGACGGGAGCUCUGGGGGUGGGAGUGUGACGACUAUCAGAAAGGCAGGGUGGAGUUAUCUUCCAUAUGUGAGGCCUUUCAAGGCCGCGAUCCAGCAGCUGAAUUUGGGAAUUCCAAAUUUAGGUGCUGUUGUUGGUCCUGCGAUUGGUCUCGGCGCAGCAAGAGUAGUCUCUUGCCAUUUUUCGGUAAUGGCGGCAGAUAUUGGCGCGCUUUUUAAUGCUGGUCCAAAGGUUGUGGAGGGUGCCACAUUUGAAGAGGGUCUUGGUUUCCAAGAUCUGGGUGGCCCAAUGGUGCAUUGUACGAACGGGACAAUCGACAACCUAGCUGCAAACGAAGCCGAAUGUUUUGAACAGCUUCGUACAGUAUUGGGUUACUUACCCAACUCUGGAGCAGAUGCUCCACCGAUCAUUUCAUGUGAUGAUCCAGAAGAUCGAGAAGACCUAGCAUUGCGCAGUAUAAUACCCCGCCGCCAGGCACGAAUGUACAAUGCUCGAGUGAUCAUCAAUUCUGUUGUUGAUCGGGAUUCAUGGUUUGAGAUUGGUGCCCUCUGGGGCCGCACAGCUAUUGGCGGGCUGGCACGCCUUUCGGGUCGUCCUGUUGGAAUCAUUUCUCUGAACUGUGAAGUGAACGGUGGUGCACUAGAUGCAGCUGGUAGCCAGAAACUCACUCGGCUGCUGAAGAUGUGUGACGUGAUGAAUAUUCCUAUUUUGCAGUUUAUUGACGUCCCUGGCUACGCAAUUGGUACCGUGGCUGAACGCACUGCAACAAUGCGCUGGGGCGUCGAGCUGGCAAAAGCCUACUUCACCACCACAAUCCCGAUCUUCAACGUGGUUACCCGGCGCGCCUUCGGUGUAGCUGGCGGAGUCAUGCUCGGCUCCCGGGACCCAGUGAUGCAAGUUGCGUGGCCGUCUGGGCAGUGGGGUUCAUUGCCACUAGACGGGGGUAUCGAGGUCGGACAUCGGCACGAACUGCGGGAGGCAGAGAAGGUAGGUAAGAAAGAAGAGCGAUACAAUGAAUUGGAAGAGGAGUAUCAGCGGUUGAUGAAUCCCGUCCGAACUGCAAAUGCCUUUGGGGUCGAGGAAAUUAUUGACCCGAAGGACACCAGACAGGUUUGUUGUUCGUGGGCAACACAUGUUUACGAUGUGCUUAUGAAGGAGAGGCUGACGGACCGUGCUUGUGGAAAAAUUCAUCCUUCUUUUGCUUGA